AUGAACGAGCCGUAUAUUGCUGGUGAAAUUAUAAAGGGUGUGAUCGAUGUUGGGUGCACUCGUGAGGUUCGUAUCGGAGGCCUUCUGGUUCGAUUAACCGGUGUGGCCGAGACUGGCUGGCGUAAUAAGAACAGCGAUCUAUCCUACGAAUCCCGACAUAAUUUCAUGGACGAACUCAUCGAUUUGACGACGGUCAUAGCGGAUCACUGUACAGAGGAGUUCUACCUGUUAGAAGGAAGACAUUCGGUACCGUUCGAAGCUCGGCUACCAAUGGACGUCCUCUCUUCUAUUGAUCGUGAUAACUACGGCUCUGUCCGCUACACAUGUACAGCGUUGAUGGCGAUUCCCGAGGACGGUGAUACCGAAAUGGUGGCGGAAAAAACGUUCAAAGUUUAUCCAUAUCUGAAUCUCGACGCUCCUUACAUGCGAGAUUCCACGGCAACAACGGAGGAGGAAUUGAUCGUUGGAUGCUGCGGACGAAAACGUGGAACAAUUGUAGCUUCUAUGAAAGUGCAAGAAGUUGGCUUGCUCCCUGGCGAGACAACUCGAAUCACCCUUACCGUCGAGGAUCGAACGCGGCGAAAACGAUGGCAACGGAAAAAAGAGCACCAUGAAUGCGUACUGAUAUCCCUCUGCCAACAACUAGAUUUUAUCGCUGCAAAUCGCUACGAAACACAUUUAGUCGAUCGGAAGAGUGUCACGAUAGCUGUUGAAUCUCAUGGUACUUGCAAAGCCAGGCCGGGAUCGGGUCCCGAAACAAAAGAAAUCGAGUUCUCGGUACCGUCUGACUUGCCGCCUACGUCAAUACAUGCGGAUCGGCUAGUCACUAUAAGCUAUUUUUUCAAACUCGACCUCGAACAAUUCGAUAUCAUUGUCCCUGUGAUCAUAGGAACAGCCAAGACGCCAGGAGCUAUUGAGUAG